UUGGCAUUGUUCGCCCAUAUGUGCUGCCCCGGCGAAAAAGUGAACCUUUCCGAAUUAAUGUUGCUGAAUGUGCUGAUAAAACAUCUCAUAAACUCGAACAUUACAUAACACCCGGUGUGUGUGUGUGUGCGUGCGCGCGCGUGCGUGUGUGUGUCUGCCGGUGAGCAGUAUAUAUAUUUUUUUUUCUCGCGUGCAUGAUCGUCGUCUAGCCGCGGAGAAGCGAUCGCGGAGUUAGCACCACAGGAACUACACCAUCGACGGAUCGGACGGAGCAAGGAGGCAAACGGCCCUAGAGCGAACGAGUGAGGCCAAAGAGAUAGCCGUAGGAGAGCGCGUGGCCGACCCAGGGAUCCCGGGGGCAUCGGAGACGAACCAGAAGGAAGUGGUCGCUAGUGUUUCCGCGCUAAAGAACGGCGUAGAAAACGCCGGACCCAAAAAACCGUUCGCCUCCAAAGAAUUGGGGGGCUACGGUUGUGUGCAAAAUACACACUUACGCCCUCGAGAAGGCCCUCGAAAGUCCGGUUCGGGCGGGCUCUGCUCGAUCAUCUUGGUCGAGAGCACACCCCACCCAGCAGCGAAAAGAAAAGAAGCGAAAAAGGCACGCUCAAACGGCAGGAAAAUUAAGCACCCUGGUGCUGGUGAAGUCCAGUCUGGGUUGUCGGAAAAUACGCACCCCUCCCACGAAACGCUUGGCACAAAAAGAAAACCUAUUCCGUAUCGAAUCGGAACGGAGCGCGAGAAGGAGACUGCUGAGAAGGAGCUGAACACUGAAGGCGAAAGAGCGAAUCAUCGGAUUCGAUUGGACUUUGGAGAAUUGGUAUAAUCGUGCGAUUUGUUUCCCCCACACCACGCGGUUCAGGCAGCGUGAUCAGCUAACGAUCGGACUGACACGCUGCGACACGGACGAGCUCUAACCACGCGGUAGAGAAGAGAAAGGUACUACGAGCGGUGAUCACCGCAAUAUCACAGUUGAAACAAAGAAACCCUCGUCAUCGUGGACGUUCAAAAAAAAAAGCGAGCAAGGGAAAGAAAAAAUGAUGAACCUGAAGCAUUUGCUGCUGUUGGCGACGGUGCUGCUUCCGCUGCUGGUCACCCCUGGUAGUGGCCGUGCCGUCGUCCUCGAAUCGGACACCUCCUCAGAGGGUGUCCGUGCGGAUGGACCUCGUGCGGUGAGACCGACGUUUGUGAAAAUUACGGCUGCACCACCGGCACGAGUUGCCCAGAUACGUGGAACCACCGUCGAGCUGGAGUGUGAAAUUAUGGGCUCCCCAACACCCACUGUCCAGUGGGUGCACGGAAGUGGUCAAACGGCUGAUUGGGACGACAUAAGCGUUAAUGUCAUCACGGAAGAUACCCCAACAUCGGUGGCUCGCGUUGUGACGCGACUGGUGAUCGAUCGCAUCUCGAGAGCCUCUCAAACGACUUACACAUGCAUCGGCCGGUCAGCUGGACAGGAGGUUAGCUCGUCGACCGUCGUCCACCACGUGGACAGCGUGUCUCAUCUGGGCAAUUACUCCGACAUGCCACUGCUGCGUCCUUCAGCUGCCGUCGAUUCGAUGUUCAAGAACCUGAAGGGGUCUCGCAUCACGCUGCACUACAAGACGCUGUUCGAGAACAUGGGCACGACUGUGGUGCUGCCGUGCAAAGCCAUUGGACGCCCGCUUCCGGAGAUAACCUGGCUGAACGAGGAGGGCCACGUGGUCGACAGUCUGCAGGAUCCUCGCUUCCGCACGCUGCCAACGGGUGAACUGAUCAUCACUGGACUGCGGUGGGCCGACAUGGGAUCGUACACGUGCGUGGCGAAGAACGUCCUGUCGAAGGAUGAGUCCGAAACGUUCGUCUACCCGAUCCGUCCCAACUAAGGGCGCUUGUGGAUGGUCACGAACUGGCGGCUGGUGGUGUCACCAUUCCGUUCGUGCCUCUAAAUCUCAACGAACGGCCACUGCAUUCGGGCUGAAACGAUGCACAACUAGAUGCAAACGGAUACAAAGUAAGCUAAAGAAUUGAGCAGGAAGAAAACCAAUUUGGAAAAAUUACAAAAAAAAAGAAGUUUGCAGAAAAAAAAACACUUAUGCCAUUUACUUAACUUAUUUAAAGUUGCACUAUUAGAAUCCAACAUGCUAUCGUCCGCUACUUGUUAAACAGCAGCCAAUUUAACGCACGGACUCGGGAAUUGAAAACCACCCAUCCCGUAGAGUCCAAGAGCAUUUAAAUGCACUAUUUUUAACUUAUUUAAAAUACCUCCUAUUUGAUAAAAGAAGCUAUUCAAUGUACGCAACGAGUCCGUAACGUAUCGUUAUAAUGACCAGGAUCGCAGUUGUGCUCUCUAUAGUAAGAUGGAGUUACUGAUGCGCCAACGUUACCGAUUCGAUGAAGCCGUCUGGUGGGUAACGAUGGGCACAUUUGAAACCAUGUAAAUAUAUCUACGUAAUGUCUCGCUGCUACAGUUCAUGCGAAAGCACCGUAACGAGUAGGCUAAAAGUCGCUACUUCGUGGCACUACUUAGAGUAGGAUAUCAAAGAGCAUACAUAGUAGAUGUUCAACAGCAGAUCGCGUCACCUGCAGCGAUGUAGUAUCGGUGUUUGGCCAAAGAAACAGAGCUAACCGGUAGUGAUAGCUGCAGGAGAAUUAGGAAUGGAUAAACGAUAGAGAAAGGAACCAUAACAAAUUGAUGGAUCAAUAA